AUGAAUUGCGAACGGCGAUUCAAGAUCCGACAUCCUGUGGUCCGAUACGUGGAAAUCGAAGGGGGUAAAGGCGAUUUACUGACGCAGAUACGAAUGGCACGGCUCAGGAAAGAUCAUGUCGCAUCAGGAUACCCUAAGGUGAAAGAUGUCACUUUGAGUGCAUGUUUGGCGCAUAGCGGUGCUCGAUUGCGAAAGGCUGCAUGCAAAAUAUCUGCGGUGGACGUCCCUCUCUAG